UUCUGGAAGCGGUCCCUGUACUCCGUACCGACGCCCGAGGACUCGGCGCACACCCUGGCAAGACCAUGGAUCGCAUCAAGUGCGGCCCCAUCGUCGAGAUGCUGGGCGACGACAUGGCGCGCGUCAUCUGGGACCUGGUACGCGACAAGCUCAUCGUGCCCUUCUUGGACAUCGAUCUCAAGGUCUACGACCUGUCCAUCGCCAACCGCAACGAGACGGACAACCUGGUGACGCUGCAGGCGCGGGACGCACUGACGCGCUACAACUGCGGCGUCAAGUGCGCCACCAUCACGGCCGAGCGCGACGUCCUCGAGAUGUACCACCUGAAGCGUAUGUGGAAGUCCCCCAACUCGGUCAUCCGCAACUCCCUAGGGGGCGCCCUGUUCCGCGAGCCCAUCAUCUGCGCCAACGUGCCGCCACUGAUCAAGCAGUGGCGCAAGCCGAUCAUCAUUGCGCGUCACGCUUUCGGGGACCAGCACAUUGGAAAGGACUUCGUGGUUCCGGGCCCGGGUUCCCUGGAGGUGUGCUUCACGCCCACAAUCGGCUCGCCGUACCACGUGCACGUGUUCGACUUCCAGGACACCCAGGGCGUGGUCGCGGCCAUGUGUAACACGGACAAGUCCAUCACGGAGUUCGCGUACAGCUGCUUCCAAUUCGCGCUCAGGCGAAACCUGCCGCUCUACCUGAGCACCAAGGAGACGAUCCUCAAGAAGUACGACGGCCGCUUCAAGGACAUCUUCGAGCGCCUCUACCAGAAGAAGUACAAGCCCAGGUUCAGGGACACGGGCAUCUUCUUCCAGCACCGCCUCACGGACGACAUGGUAGCGAGAUCCCUGCGAAUGGAAGGCGGCUUCGUCUGGGCGUGCAAAAACUACGACGGUGACAUCCAGUCGGAUUUCGUCGCCCAGGGCUUCGGCUCGCUCGGCCUAAUGACGAGCGUGCUCAUCUGUCCCGACGGCAAGACGCUCAUCGCCGACGUCGCGCACGGCACCGUCACCAAGCACUUUCGGCGACACAAGGCCGGUCUCGAGACGUCGACCAACUCGAUGGCCACCAUCUACACGUGGACCAAGGGCAUCCGUCACCGCGGGAAGCUCGACGACAGCCCCAAGCUCGAGGCCUUCGCCAGGACCCUGGAGAGAACCACGCUCGAUCUGGUCGAGUCCGGCUACAUGACCAAGGACCUGGCCCUGUGCGUCAAGGGCUUCGGCAAUGUCCAGCGGCAGGACUACCUGAACACGUUCGAGUUCAUCGACAAGGUGGCCGAGCAGAUGACCGCCAAGUACCAACAGGUCUUCGCGGAAGAGGACGUUUGAAGAGCACGCGACGCUGAAGUGCUAUACGC